AUGGGGGUGGUGGGAAGCACUCCCUGUCAGCUCCUACACUCUCUCAUGAGUUGGGAUUUACAUACGACACCUAUAAGCUGUCGUUAUGCUGGGGACAACACAGUCGCAAGUCAGUUCAUAUCUAUCAAUCUAUCAGGUAAAUUCAGAUCUAUCUAUCUAUCUAUAUAUAUAGCCAAGUCUGUUCAUAUCUAUCUAGGCAGCCAAGUCUGUUCAUACUUAUCUAUCUAUCUAUCUAGACAAGUCUGUUCAUAUCUAUCUAUCUAUCUAUCUAUCUAUCUAUCUUGCCCAGUCUGUUUAUAUCUAUCUAUCUCAGUCUGUUUAUAUCUAUCUAUCUAUCUAUCUAGCCCAGUCUGUUUAUAUCUAUCUAUCUCAGUCUGUUUAUAUCUAUCUAUCUAUCUAUCUAGCCCAGUCUGUUUAUAUCUAUCUAUCUCAGUCUGUUUAUAUCUAUCUAUCUAUCUAGCCCAGUCUGUUUAUAUCUAUCUAUCUCAGUCUGUUUAUAUCUAUCUAUCUAUCUAUCUAGCCCAGUCUGUUUAUAUCUAUCUCAGUCUGUUUAUAUCUAUCUAUCUAUCUAGCCCAGUCUGUUUAUAUCUAUCUAUCUCAGUCUGUUUAUAUCUAUCUAUCUAUCUAGCCCAGUCUGUUUAUAUCUAUCUAUCUCAUGUAUUCAUAUCUAUCUAUCUAACCAAGUUUAUUCAUAUCUAUCUAUCUAACCAACCAAGUUUAUUCAUAUCUAUCUAUGUAGCCAAGUGUAUUCAUAUCUAUCUAUCUAGCCAACCAAGUUUAUUCAUAUCUAUCUAUGUAGCCAAGUGUAUUCAUAUCUAUCUAUCUAGCCAACCAAGUGUAUUCAUAUCUAUCUAUCUAGCCAAGUUUAUUCAUAUCUAUCUAUCUAGCCAACCAAGUGUAUUCAUAUCUAUCUAUGUAGCCAAGUGUAUUCAUAUCUAUCUAUCUAGCCAACCAAGUUUAUUCAUAUCUAUCUAUCUAGCCAAGUGUAUUCAUAUCUAUCUAUGUAGCCAAGUGUAUGCAUAUCUAUCUAUCUAUCUAUCUAUCUAUCUAGGCAAGUCUCUACCUAUCUAUCUAUGUUCAUAUCUAUCUUCCUAUCUAUUUUCAUAUCUAUCUAUGUUCAUAUCUAUCUAUGUUCGUUCAUAUUUAUCCAUUUAUCUAUCUAUCUAUCUAUGUUCGUUCAUAUUUAUCCAUUUAUCUAUCUAUCUAUCUUCGUUCAUAUUUAUCCAUGUUCAUAUCUAUCUAUUUUCAUAUCUAUCUUCAUAUCUAUCCAUGUUCAUAUCUAUCUAUUUUCAUAUCUAUCUUCAUAACUAUCUAUGUUCAUAUCUAUCUAUUUUCAUAUCUAUCUAUCUAUUUUCAUAUCUAUCUAUCUAUCUAUCUAUCUAUGUUCAUAUCUAUCUCCAUAUCUAUGUUUGGUUCAUAGCUAUCUUCCUAUCUAUCUUCAUAUCUAUCUAUGUUUGUUCAUAUCUAUGUGCCUUCCUAUCUAUCUUCAUAUGUAUCUAUUUAUCUAUCUUCAUAUCAGUUCAUAUUUAUCUUUUUAUCUAUGUUUGUUCAUAUCUAUCUUCCUAUCUAUUUAUCUCCAUAUCUAUCUAUCUUCAUAUUUAUCUAUGUUUGUUCAUAUCUAUCUUCAUGUCUAUGUUUGUUCUUAUCUAUCUAUCAAUGGCUAACCUCUGGAUCGAUAACCAGUUACAGUUAAAGCCACAUGCUACCUUUUCAAUGUGGGUCUGCCAUGUGACCCUAAGCACCUGCCUCAGUAGCGCUGUGUAUAAUAGCUUGUCACCUGUCCCCCCUUUCUUUCUCUGUUGGUUACUUACACAUCAUUUACUGACCUUUUUCAUAUUUAUGUGUUUCUCUUCCCAGCCUUUACGCUUUGCUCUUCUUUGUUCCCCUUUACAUUUAUAA